CUCCCGUCGCUCGCUCCUUCGUGCGGGGCCGCCCCGCGCCGCAGCGGAGCCGCGAGGCCCAGCUUGGUAUGGUACCAUGGAGGGGCAACACAACCACCCGCAUCAUCUAGGGGACCAGAACAACCCGCUGUGCAAGCUGCCGGGCCAGGAGUACCAGCAUGAUCCCCAGAGACACUUGACGUCGUUCCCGUACCGCUGCACGCUGGCCGACUUCCAGGUGGAGAAGAAGAUCGGSCGGGGGCAGUUCAGCGAAGUUUACAGGGCGACUUGUCUGCUCGACAGAAAACCCGUGGCGUUGAAGAAAGUCCAGAUUUUUGAAAUGAUGGAUGCCAAGGCCAGACAAGAUUGCAUUAAGGAGAUUGACCUCUUAAAGCAACUGAACCACCCCAAUAUAAUUAAGUAUUUGGAUUCUUUCAUCGAAGACAACGAGCUCAACAUUGUCCUGGAACUGGCAGACGCUGGUGACCUCUCUCAGAUGAUUAAGUAUUUUAAAAAGCAGAAACGGUUAAUCCCGGAAAGGACGGUGUGGAAAUAUUUUGUGCAGUUAUGCAGUGCAGUCGAACACAUGCACUCCCGCAGGGUGAUGCACAGAGACAUAAAGCCAGCCAACGUGUUUAUAACGGCCACAGGGGUGGUGAAGCUGGGAGAUCUCGGAUUAGGCCGGUUCUUUAGUUCUAAAACCACUGCAGCACAUUCCUUAGUGGGAACUCCGUACUAUAUGUCCCCAGAAAGAAUACACGAAAACGGCUAUAACUUUAAGUCCGAUAUCUGGUCUCUGGGCUGUUUAUUGUACGAGAUGGCAGCUCUUCAGAGUCCUUUCUAUGGAGAUAAGAUGAACCUGUUUUCUCUUUGCCAAAAAAUAGAGCAAUGUGACUACCCACCUCUUCCAGCCGAACAUUAUUCGGAAAAGCUGCGGGAACUGGUCAGCAUGUGCAUAUACCCCGAUCCAGAUCAAAGGCCUGACAUUGGUUACGUGCACCAAAUAGCAAAACAAAUGCAUGUUUGGACCUCCAGCACUUGAAGCAUCGGCGAGCGCUCUCGAAAAGCCAGCACAGCUUAGUCUUACUUGAAUUUGUGUUUUCUCAGAUGAAACCGACUGGUGCCUAGUCACACAAGCGAGAGGGUUGAGCACUCGUAGCGGGAUGCUCCAUUAUUUCUGCAGGUUAUUUGACAAGGACUCGUACAAGGUGGUCAUGCUUUAAAGUGACGAUUCUGUGAGGUAUUGCAAGUGAUUUUUAUUUUUAUUUUUUAGCCAAUAACAUGUUACAGAUGUAGAUCAUUUAAGGGUCCUUUCUUAAAACUGUCGUGUGUAAUCUAGGGUAGAUUAUAUUAGCAAGGGCGUCUUGGAGACCCCUUCUAUCUUAACUGUAAUGUGAAAUAUUGAAAUAAUUCCUUCAGUGAAAUCACUUUAUACUAAUGUAAGAAUUGCCAUAGAUUUUUGUGUAAUUUGUAUAACUGCUACUUUGCCUCUUCUGCAAAUGGUUAAUAGCAAAUUGAAUUUUUACUUCAUAUCAUCUUUUAAAGCAUCCAUGUUUUUAUUAAUUCCCUCCUCUUCAGAUGUAGGRACUGG